UACUCUGGCGAGAGGGGGGAGAGGGAACGUGGUUUGAAACAUGGCAGACGACGUGGACCAGCAACGAACUACCCACACCAUAGAAGAACCCCUGGGUCUCAUCAGGCUCAGCCUGAAUGAGCGAAUUUAUAUGAAAAUGAGAAACCAAAGAGAACUCCCACCCAGAUUACAUGCUCAUGAUGAGCACUUAAAAAUGAUAUUGGGGGAUGUGGAAGAAACUAUGACUACUACAGAAAUUGAUAAGGAAACAUACAAGAUAUCUAAGUCAACAAAACGGAGUAUUCCAACGGUCUUGGUCCGGGGAGUUGCACUAGUUGCCUCUCCAUUAACAGUUGGCUGA